AAUGACGCAGAUUCUGCGACAGAAACACUAACAGUGGCUAGCUAGUGAAGUUGCAUUGCUCUUAGAAAAUCAGUUUUUCUCAAAAUUGUUAUAAUUUUAGGAUCAACAUGCCGGAUUUGGCUGUAGAAAACGUUGUUGUCCAUCCUUUAGUUCUUUUGAGUGUGGUAGACCACUUUAACAGAAUCGGUAAAAUUGGAAGUCAGAAGAGGGUUGUGGGUGUGCUCCUUGGCUCAUGGCAUAAGAAGGUUCUUGAUGUGUCAAACAGCUUUGCAGUACCAUUUGACGAAGAUGACAAGGACGAUUCUGUUUGGUUCCUGGAUCACGACUACUUGGAAAACAUGUACGGGAUGUUUAAGAAAGUUAAUGCAAGGGAAAGAAUAGUUGGAUGGUAUCACACUGGCCCAAAACUACAUAAGAAUGACAUCGCCAUCAAUGAACUAAUAAAGCAAUACUGUACAAACUCUGUCCUUGUCAUAAUCGAUGUAAAACCCAAAGACUUGGGUCUACCAACGGAGGCCUACAUAUCUGUGGAGGAAGUGCAUGAUGAUGGCACCCCGACAUCAAAGACAUUUGAACACGUGACCAGUGAAAUUGGUGCUGAGGAGGCUGAGGAAGUGGGUGUCGAGCAUUUACUUAGGGACAUCAAGGACACCACUGUUGGCACCCUGUCUCAGCGCAUCACCAACCAGGUCCACGGCUUAAAGGGACUUAACUGCAAGUUACUGGAUAUCAAAAGUUAUCUUGAGAAAGUGACCACGGGAAAGCUACCCAUCAACCACCAGAUCAUCUACCAUCUGCAGGAUGUCUUCAACUUGCUACCAGAUGUCAAUCUGCAGGAGUUCAUUAAGGCCUUCUACCUUAAGACUAACGACCAGAUGCUGGUGGUCUACCUGGCCUCCCUCAUCCGCUCUGUUGUUGCCCUCCACAACCUCAUUAACAACAAGAUUGCCAACAGAGAUGCUGAAAGGAAGGAGGGUCAGGAGAAAGAUGACAGCAAGAAGGAAAAGAAAGAGGACAAGGAAAAAGAGAAGGAGAAGGGCGAUGCCAAGAAAGAUGACAAAAAGGAGAAGAAAUGAGCAUGCCCUGCCAGUUUGGACUGAUCUAACUAUGUUGUUUAUGGUGGAGAUUACGUUUGUAUUUGUUUACCCCUUUUGUUUUUGUAUACAGGACACUGUAUUUAUCUUUUUGGGGGGGAAAAGAAGAACCCUCAUAUUUUAUUUAGAAUUAAAGACGGAAUGGGAUAUA